UUCCCGAGAACGCGCAAAGUCUGAAGGUGGACAUUGGGAUUGGGACAAACCCUCAGCGUGAACGCGCAAACGGAGGCGAAGUAGGGGAGGGAGGAAAAGACCGGAAAUCCGACUUCAGGAGGCGUUCCAGUUGAAAGUUCCGACUGGGAACUAGGAACGCAUUAUCAGCCUGAAGACCUCCGAGACCAGAAUCCAGACUCAGUCCAGGACAACACGGUCCACCAGUCACAGACCUGCAGGACGAUGGAGAACCAGAACCCGGACCACAGGAGCCAAACAGCAGCCUCGUGCUCUGAUAGCACCGAUGUUCAGAAACGGAGAGGAAGAGAAGGACCCAAACGUCACCAAUGUCAGCACUGUGACAAAUCCUUCAAAAAAUCUGGAUAUCUAAAGAUUCAUCAGAGAGUUCACACUGGAGAGAAACCGUACAGCUGUGACCAGUGUGGGAAAGCUUUCACUCAAUCAGGGAGCCUGAAUACGCACCAACGCAUUCACACUGGAAAUCAACUGUACAGCUGCGACCAGUGUGGGAAAGCUUUCCGUACAUCUUAUAACCUUAAAGUCCACCAUCGUGUUCACACUGGGUUGAAACCUUUCUGUUGUGAACUAUGUGGAAAUGCUUUCAAUACAUCAUAUAAACUAAAAAGGCACCAACAGGUUCACACUGGAGAGAAACCGCACAGUUGUGACCAAUGUGUGAAAAUGUUCAGUACAUCUAGUCAGCUAAAAGAUCACCAGCGUGUUCACACUGGACAGAGACCGUACAGCUGUGAUCAAUGUAGGAAAGCUUUUAGAAGAUCAGGUCACCUAAAAAUCCACCAACGUAUUCACACUGGAGAGAAACCAUACUGGUGUGACCAGUGUGGGAAAGCUUUUAGUCAAUCAAGUUCCCUAGAUAAGCACAGACGGGUUCACACCGGAGAGAAACCUUACUGGUGUGACCAAUGUGGGAAAGCUUUCACCACAUCAGGUAACCUAGACAUUCACACACGCGUUCACACUGGAGAGAAACGGUACGGGUGUGACCAGUGUGGGAAAAUGUUUGCUCGUAUUAGUAACCUUAAAGUCCACCAACGCAUUCACACUGCUUAGUUCUGAAAAACGUUUUUAGCCAAGCCAGCUGUUUACUUCUGCCUCCUCCUUGUGUCCUGAUAGCUAUGUUGCUAUAUUCUGAUCUUCUCCACAAACUGAAGGAGUGGUGCUGAGUAGUCUAAGAUUCAAUGCUUUGAUGGGAGGAAUCUGUUUCAACUCAGUCGAAUCUUCGCAGUGGAGUUUCCCAAGCUUUACCUGAGGGGAGGCUCACAGUUUGAAAACCCCUGGUGUACGUAACAGCGACUGGUGAAUAGACUGCAGCUCUGCAGCUUCUCAAGGCUAAAGCAGUUUUAUUCAUGUUUUUAUUUACCAAAAAUUUAUUUUAAUUCUUGUGAGAUUGCUAGCUGUAUUCAACUAGUGCUGCAACGAAAAAUAUUUUCUCACUGUCCAUUAAUCUGCCAUGUAUUUUCUCAAUUUAUUGCUUUGUAAAUAAAAGGUUAUAGACAUG